AUGUUGUUGGACUUGUUGGAUCAACACAAACAGCGAGUGGCAGAGUGCAACGUGGGCCGGGAGAGUAUCAGAGGACCAGAAUUCCUGGAGCUGCGGGGGAAUGGAUUGUUGUUCGGCUACGUACAUGAAAGCUUUGCAGAGCACCUGCUCCUCCUCGACGAUACUUUCAAGGUAUACUUUGUACGGUCCAAAGACGGGUCCCCGCUUGGACAUUACAUCGGGCUUGAUCAGAGCCUGAAGACCCCAAAGGCGCGUACGAAAGCAGUGGCCGCUGUCUGCUCAGAGCUAAGAGAAAAGGGUGUCAUCACAGGCUGGCGAGACGAGCUGUACCCCGUUUCCACAGGCUUCCACAAUAAACCGUACUUUGGGCUUGAGAGGGCGGCUGCACCCCACUUUGGCAUCAUCGCGUAUGGCGUUCAUAUGAACGGCUACACUGAAGACGCCGACGGAAACAAAUACCUUUGGGUGGCCCGACGCAGCGCCACGAAGCAGACUUGGCCGCUCCGGUUGGAUCACCUGGUGGCGGGAGGACAACCGCUCGGGCUUAGCUGCGCAGACAAUCUGGUGAAGGAGUGUCAAGAAGAGGCCGGAAUUCCGCCGGACUUGGCGCGGAGAGCGACGGCGGCGGGCACGGUAUCAUACGAGAUGGUCACCGACGAGAAUCGAGCGAAGCGAGAUGUUCUCUUUGUCUACGACCUGAAACUGCCCAGCGACUUUCAACCGAAAAAUCAAGAUGGCGAGGUGGAGUCUUUCGAGCUUUGGCCGCUAGCCCGUGUUGCGGAGACGAUACGGAAGUCCAAUGAGUACAAGCCGAACGUCGCGUUGGUUAUCAUCGACUUCCUCGUUAGACACGGGUAUAUCCACCCAGACCAGAAAGGUUAUGUCGAGCUUGUAUCCAGUCUACGAACAGGUUGCGUUGAAGCAGCGUCUCGAAGGACCACGUGAGUUUGUGGGCCGAGUUUCUAACGUUGUAAUAAAGGCUGUAUGUCUGUUGCGUUGAUAGCGUACUAAACCACAUGUGUGCCGCUUAUGUUCGAUGCUUUGACUUAUUACCUCUUUCGAUCUUAAUCGUUGAUGGUCAUAUGGACGAUGGAGUCUACUUUAUUUUCAAGGUGGC